AAUGCAUUAUUUCUCAUCUGGGAUAUUUUUCUUUUUAAAUUCCCAUUUGCAUAUCGGGAUAUCAAUGAAUUAAAUCCAUGCUAACAUUUCUCCUGAAUUGUUAGGCGCUGUGGGCUGCAGGAGGAUGGAGUGCUUCUCUUCCAGGGUGAUUUUGAUCGUGGCCAUUUCCAAAGCAUUUGAACUGGGAUUAGUUGCUGGGUUAGGCCACCGUGAACUUGCACGUCUGUCACAGGGAGACCUGGCCUUCAGACAUGACAGCCUCUGGUCCCAGGAGGAGCCAACGAUUCGUCAUCGGUCUUUCCAGUUCGUGCCCCCCAUGAGAAUCCAGGACAGUAAGGAGCUCAACAAAACCUGCUGCCUGAACGGGGGGACCUGCAUGCUGGGGUCCUUUUGUGCCUGCACCCCCUCCUUCUAUGGACGGAACUGUGAGCACGACAGGCGCAAAGAGAGCUGUGGGUCUGUGCCCCACGACACCUGGCUUCCCCGGAAGUGUUCCAUGUGUAAAUGCUGGCGCGGCCAGCUGCGCUGCUUCCCUCAGACGUUCCUCCCGGGCUGUGAUGGCCAAGUGAUGGAUGAGCACCUCGCGGCUUCCAGCGCUCCCGAAUUAGCGCCAUCUGCAUGUGCCACUCUUCUGCUGGCUGGCAUCUGCCUUGCUACAGAAUUAAUAUCAGUCGACAUUUGCGGGCAACAUUUGUCAUGCAAAUUUCAUGACCUGUGAAGGCUGUGGCUCCAAGGUCCUGAGGGAUGAUCAUUUGUUAACUGCCUUGAAGUAGUGAUAGAUUUCCAUAAUGGUCCCUGACCUUCCUUAUAGGGCAAGCGCACCUCUAAGAUAUUGAGGGUUUGGUUCCAGACCGCUGCAAUA